AUGUUCGCCACCGCUCGACGCCAGUGGCCCAAGGUGGCAACGGCGACAGUCGCCCUCGGGGCAGGGGUGUAUGCUUACGAUCGGACCCACUAUUCAGUGGUUUCUCGAGCCGUUCGAGCCAUGUGGACGCUCAGCUUUGUCGCCUACAAGUAUACCCGCUGCAACUAUGCCGACAUGAAGGAGAUGGAACAGGUCCACGAGCAGUGUGCCGAGCUGCUAUUACAGAUGCUCCAGAAGAAUAAAGGUUUAUUUAUCAAGAUCGGCCAGGCGAUCGCCAACCAGGGCCCGCUAUUCCCCAUGGCGUACCAGAAACGGUUUGCCCAGUUAUACGACGCUGCGCCCGCCGACGACUGGAAAGAGAUCGAGGCGAUGCUCAACCGAGUGUACGGGACCAGCAACUGGGGGUUUACUAUUGAUAGCGAUGCCGUGGCGCUGGCGCUGAUCGCUCAAGUUUAUAAGGGCCAUUUGCCUACGGGCGAGGCGGUGGCGGUGAAAGUCCAGCACCCACUGAUCGAGUACCAGCUCCACGCCGACUUGUGGGUGUAUCAGAAUAUUCUGAAAGUGUACAGUUGGGUAUUUGGCCUCCCUUUCUCGAUGUUUACCAAAUAUAUCUCGCUGCAGAUGGUUCAGGAGACGGAUUUUGGACGGGAAGCCGCUAACGGAGAGCGUCUUCUAGCAGCGUUGAUUGCGGAUGGGUUCAACAACCGCGUCCACGUCCCGAAAGUGUAUCCUCAGGUGUCCAAAAAGCAAGUGUUGGUGACCGAGUGGAUCGACGGUACCUCAUUGACGGAGACGGAGAAGAUCUCGGCAAACUUCAAUACCCACGAUGUUCUCCACACGUUCCUCGACGUGUUUGGCCGGCAAAUUUUCCGUUACGGCUUUGUCCAUUGUGAUCCCCACCCUGGUAAUCUUAUGGUGAGACGAACUAAGUGGGGCCAGCAGCAAUUAGUGAUCUUGGACCACGGGCUCUACAUCGACUUACCCCGCGACUUUGAGCAGCAGUAUAGUCGGUUAUGGCAGUAUAUGUUUACUCAGGAUACCACCCACCUCAAGGAAAUCGCUCAACUGUGGGGGAUUGACUCGGUGGAUAUAUUCGCUCUGUUGGUGCUGUUGAAACCGACCUACAUGACCUCUAACCCCCCUCCGAAGGCGACUCAACUUGACGACGAUCGUGAUAUUCAGACGUUACUCGGACAAUUCCUUAAGGAUGAGCUGAAGUUCCCGCUUCAGUUGAUCUUCCUUACGCGGACGAUGAGAAUGAUGCAAAACAUGAAUAAACAGUACGGGCUGCCAGUGAAUCGGAUUAAUGUGUUGACCAGAAGUGCGGUUGCCGGCGCCAAUCUUGGAUGGAGUCAACGGUUACGGGUGUCGUUUGCAUUGUGGGUAUCCGAUAUCGUAUUCCUCUUUGUCAGAUUCAAGCAGUGGUUGUUGGGAGACUUAUGGGGUCGUCCCAGUUUGGGGAUUGAAGACUAUAUGGAGUUGUUCAUCAAGAACACCGCCAAACAGCACGGUAUCGACUUUGACUUGUAG